UGAUUAAAUGUCUUGUAAUUAUUUAUACAUGUAUUUUAUAAAGAUUUUUUUGAUUAUUUUUGGGUGAGGUAUUUUUACACUUUUUUGGUAGUAAUUUACACAUUCAUGUUAUGUAUUCAAUUAUUUUUUCUCAACUGAAAUAAAAACAAAAAAGGAUUUUUUAACGGAGAUACGAAGAGUCGAGUGUCCAUUUUGUGAGUUGUUCUCGGAGUGCAAAGCCGUCUGCAGCUUUUAUUGACAUCGGCUUUCAUUGUACGCUUUCAAAGCUAUUUUCACUCACACAGCUGGGACACUUCUCACCUGCAAUGGCAUUCUCAAAUUUCACAGAAAUUUUGCCAUUGAUCCAAAAAUUUACGAGUCGGAAAUUAGUUUAGGAACAUUUCAAUUGGGUUCGCUCAGGAAUCGACCAGCACAACCAAUAGUACAUCUUAAAAUUAAGCGGUAAGACUUUAUUUCAACAAUGGGUGACGAGGAGCAAGCUACCUUGGACAAUCAGUUCAUUGAGUUCAGCAAGCUAUUUGAGAACAAAAGAGAUGGUACUACAAUAACAUUAUACCAAUCGGAUUUUUGGUUCAGACAGGCGAAAGUUUUGGAUGACCGUAGAAUCACGACGAUUGACACCGGAGUUAUCUUUAAUAAGUACAGGCGUUCGCUACUGUCAACCCAGGUUCGACGGAUACCUCUGUUGGCCUCCUACGGCUGCCGGGGAAACCACAUACUUGCGUUGUCCAGUUGCGCGGCUGAGCGACUCGACGAAAAACGCGUAUCGGAGGUGUGGUAUCGACGGUCUUUGGAACACAAAGAAAUUUAACGAGACUUCAGAGAUAGGGUGGACAAACUACACUCCUUGCUUCCCAAUGGAAAUUAGAAACAUGCUCAACGAACUUUAUGAAGAGGAUGAAACGGGAGCGCAGGAUAAAUUCAACGUAGCUCUGAGGACACGUUAUUUGGAAAUCUUCGGGUUUACGUUAUCGUUCAUCGCACUUUCUAUUUCCCUCUACAUCUUCAUUCAUUUUAGGGCACUCCGGAAUCACCGUACUCGCAUUCAUAAGCAUCUUUUCGGUGCAAUGCUCGUCCAAGUUCUCAUCAGGCUUACUGUCUACAUCGAUCAAGCUGUGGUAAGAUCAUCGAUCAGCUCUACGGAUGAUAAUACUACGAUGACCCGAGGAAUCGACAAUAUGCCGUACAUUUGCGAAGGAUCAUAUGUUCUACUUGAGUACGCUACAUCAGCGAUGUUUUUAUGGAUGUUCAUGGAAGGUCUUUACCUACAUAACGUAGUAGCUGCGAACAAUUUGCGAGAACGUGUCCCCUACCAAUGGUAUUGUGUUUGGGCCUGGGGCGCUCCCGUUGUUAUAACAUCAAUUUGGACUAUAUUAACAGCUCUUAAAUAUCGCGGUGAAAAAGUUCAAACUUGUUGGUACGGAUAUAACUUCACCGGAAUAUAUUGGAUCGUACAAGGUCCACGUUUGAUCGUUAUCUUGAUCAACUUUGUAUUUUUACUGAACAUUCUAAGGGUUCUUAUAAUGAAACUCAGCAAAUCUGCACGUCGCGAAAUCGUUAAAGUCAGGAAAGCGGUGCGGGCGGCUCUGGUACUCUUACCUCUGCUAGGAAUUACAAACAUUAUGAAUAUGUUCGAAGCUCCUCUGAGCUCUGAUCCGAUCCGGUUUGCCGUAUGGAGUUACUUAACACAUUUCUUAAGAUCUUUUCAAGGCUUCUUCAUCGCGCUAAUAUACUGUUUCUUAAACGGCGAGGUGAAGCAGUGCCUGUCGAAGGCAUACACCAACUACAUGGCGGAGAGGGCACUCCUGGUUCGGCAGAAUGCCAUUUGUGUACCAUCUAUGGAUGAAGAGCCAGCUAAAGAAAAAAAGGCAAGCUAUCUGUCUUGCUGCUUCCCAAGCAAGACUGAAAAGCGAACAAGCAAAGACUACCGGGCUUGUGCUUUGGAUUUAAACAAGGAUGAAGAGCCAGCUAAAGAAAAAAAGGCAAGCUGUCUGUCUUUCUGCUUCCCAAGCAAGACUGAAAAGCGAACAAGCAAAGACUAUCGGGCUGGUGCUUUGGAUUUCAACAACACGGCCCGCGCGCGUCGUCUCGAAUUGCACAUGGUGAGCAAUUCCCAAUUGCCUACUCCACUACAAUCGCCAUGUCCUGCUGUGGUUCGUAGACAGAUGGAAUUGCAGGAGCUCAAACAAUCCACUCCGCUAAUUCCCCGUCGGCAUAUCGUGUCGGCCCCGAAGAGGGCCGUAAGGAUUCCGUUUGAUGACGACGAUGAGGCCGUCACUAAGGAGCCCUUCUCGUGCUACGCUGAUACUCUUGAAAUGGCCGAACUGGGUGCGGUAAGCCCCUGGGUUUACAGGCGACGAUGCUCGCCACCAGAGAUGGGGAUAUUCGAUACCUGCAGCUUGACGCGCGGCUCGUGCGAUGAGCAGCCUCCUAUUCAUAUUGAGAGGUGUAUAUACGCAACUAGGGCUAUCGUACCGAGCUCACCCUAUGUGGCUGACACUGAUGCUCGUGAAGUCGGCUCGUGCGAUGAGCAGUCUCCUGUUCAUAUUGGGGGCUAUAUACACGCAACUAGGGUUAUCGUACCGAGCUCACCCUAUGUGGCUGACACUGAUGCUCGUGAAGUGUCCAAAUAAGAUACACGAAGAAGGCAACCGAUAAAACUUAUGACUGUUUCAGGCAUUUCAAAGUCGAACAAGGGCACUAUAGAUCCGAAAAUGUAGUUCAAUUUAGGAAUAGCUUGACUCUAUACAGAUAUUGAACCUUCUCAACAAUUAAUGUAGUAUUAUAACUAGUACAUUAAAUACACCACUAAUCUUUAAUCAUCAAAUAUGAAAUUAACAGGCAAUAUAAAGCUUGUCAUUCAGAUGUAAUCAUGAUAGAUUUUUCGAGUUUGGCUUGGGAUUGAAGACCGUCAUGAUGGCGGCACACGAACCAAAAGGAUUUUUUAUGAGACCCUUUUGUAUGGGUGGACGUGAAUUCAUUGAAAACUUAAUGAAUAUUUUGUCCAAUGGUUGGCUCCUUUCGUGUAUUUUUUGGAGAUUGGAUUUCUUGUUUGUCUUCUGUGUAGGCAUUACACUGUUUUUGAUUAUUAAAAAAUAGUGGUGUAUACUAUACAUGUAGCAUGUAUACAUGUUAGAUUCUCGCUUGACGAAGAUAGCAACCUAGAUUAGAUGUUUAAUCUAGAUCUCUGGAUGUAUUAAUGUUAGCAAUCAUGCAUUUCGAACAUAUGUUAUAAUAUUUCAGAAUACAUUUUUCUCAUCGUAACUUACAGUACAAAGUGUGAUUUCGUAAAAUAAAAAUUGAAAUCACAAUAAAAGUACACAGUAAAUUCAACGUUUAUGAAACAUAUUGAAUGUAUUUUAAUAAAAAUAGUUUACUCGAAAUCAAAAUUUUUUGGAAUAAAUUUAAUUUUACUAUUACUAAAAAAAUAUAUUUAGAAUACUCUAUGUGGAAUCCAUUUCCGUUUUGAUAGAUUUACAAAAUAAACAAAAUGAAACUAAAUAUUUUUAUAAUAAUACCUUUAUGAUUCAAAAUCAAUCAAUGCAAAACCAAAAUACAACUUGUAUUCUUUCUUGAAGCAAUCAUGAAACAUCCAGCUGUAGCUACAAUCACAAAAUUAUAGAUUAGAUUAUUAAUUAUCUUAUUCUGUGCUGGAAUGAUUGUGGUUGAAUGAUAACAACUGUUUUAUUGUUAUGUAUGAAUUUUAAUGAAUCAAAUUUUAUUUACGUAUAAUUUGGCCGGAAUAUUAUUGAUGUUAAACUUUUAAACCCACUUGUGUUCAAUCUUUUUUUCAUUAUUAUGACAAAAUGUUAAUUUUUAUUAAGUGUUUCAUUAAAUUCUAAAUAAUAUAAUAUUUUUAAGAUCAGAAUUUGGGAUUAAUCCGUUUAUAUAUUAUAAUUUUAUUUUUACAUAGGCCAUGUAUGACUUAGAUCUAACCCCUCCUGUAACGUAAUGCACAGUACAAUUAUCAAACAAUGUAACAGUUAAGAACGUGGAACGUUGGGCUUUAAUGGUACUCAAAAGACGGAAAACGAAUGAAGAAAUGAGCGCUGAAAGCGAGCAUUUGUUGAAUUAAUGUUAGGUAAGCGAAGAGCUUUGGUAAACCAAAAGAAAACAAUCUUUACCAUCAACGUUGAAUUUAAGUAUUUUUAUCUAAUAAAGCAUAUUCGUUUCUUCAUUGGACUUUUUGAUGGAGAUCGUUCCGUUGACCGUUUGUUUUCAAUGUAUAAUGUUUUGAAGAAAAAUAUAUUGUUUGUUAUUGGUACUAUUAAUUAAUUAAGGAAUGUAAAAAAACAAAGUAGAACAUCCUGGAAGUCAGGCAUAAAGCAUAAACAUUAUGAAUGUUGUAAAGAUAUGGUAUUGUAGUUUCGUUUUUAUAAUCAAAUUAAUAUUUUAUGGUACACAUUAUGCUUAGUUCGUAAGAUUGUAUAUAAAUGGUUGCACGCCGAAGUACCUAACCAAUGCUCAUAUAUUAGAGCCAAAGGGUCUUCACGAAUGAAGUCAUCAAAUGGCUGUAGGACACUAUCUUCUUCGCUUACGUCGCAUCAGAAGAACAAAGCUUUUAAAUUAAUUUAUGAAGCGAAUAUGUUUAUAUUACAAUUUUUUUAAUCUCCGGUCGAGUGUGAAUGGGAUUUUUCAAAUCAUUAUACAUAAUAUAAUCGUAGAUUAGAUUGUUGCAAAUUAGGUGUUAGAAAAUUUUGAAAUUUUAUAGAUUGUAAGCCUUCCACAUAGAGAUCCGUAUCGCUGUCUAAUCUUGAAUUUAUUUAAUAUGUAUAAUAUUCAAAUGUUUGCCGAACAGUAUUAAGCGUGAAUUUAUAUAAACGCGCAUGAAACGGCGAGUCAGAAACUAGGCAUUGUGAAUACUAAAUAAAACCGUUUAAAAAUACCGAGAAUCAUUUUGCAGAUAUAGCAAAAAAGUAUUUUUCAAAAAUAUGAUACAGUUAAUUUUUUCACCAUCAAGAGCUCCGGAAAAUUGUUUAAUACUCGUCGUCGGUUCUGGUUGGGCUAUGUACAAAAUUUGAACAGAACUAUCUUGAAAUUUUUUAAGGGUUUCAUCACAUCUUUUAAAAGCUUUUUCCUUCUGGUACGUACGAUUGUUUUGCUUAUUUCAUGACUAAUUUUAGAGAUUUAAUAUUUUGAUAGUAGCAAUUUAUGAUCUUUUUAUAUAUAUAAAAUAUUUUACAAACAUGGUGCGAAUGAAACAUACAGUGUGUGCGUGAAAUAUUAAUAUAUGAUAUAAUAUUCUCACUUUUUAAAUGUGUACACAAGCAAAGAUAAAUAAACAUAAUAUGUAUUUUAUUACGGAUCUCGAUGUUUAGUCAAAUAUUGUUAGUUUUAAGAAACUUUUGCUGUUAAAAAGUAAUUUUAGAUAAUAUUUAUUCAAUGCUUGUAAUAUUUAUAUUAUACGAAAUAUAUAGUAUGAUAUAGUAUUAUAUUAUUAUAUAUUAAUAAAUAUUACAAUUAAUAAAUAAUUUCUUCAAUGUAAUUUAGAUUAACGAUAAAUAAAUAAAAUAUGUAUAAUAUAGUAUUUAUAUUAUAGUAUGAAUAAAUAUAUAUUGAGAUUUUAAUCAAAGUUAAGUAGUUAUUAAAAGUUUGUUCUUAUUAAAUAAUUAAUUAUAAUCUCGAUGUUUCUGAAAAUUAAAGAUUAAUAAAUGUUGUGAUGGAA